AUUUUUAAAUAAAUUGAACAAUGAAAAAUUUGUGUAGUAUUCUUCCUUAGAGGUUUAAGCAAGUACGAUUUUGCUUAGUAGUUAAUUAGCUCUGUAUAUAGCAAGGUCGUUUCUUGGCAAAAAAGAAAUGGAUAUGAAAAAGGAGCAUUAUAAGGAUGCGUUUAUAUUCGAAACUCAAUGCCUCAUGGUUCUACAAACACACAUAUGUAAAAAACACGUAUAUAUAUAGCACGUAUCUGCGCAAGUAGUGUGUAACGUAGGGGUGAAACUUAAAGGGAGGGGCUUCACGAAAAUGGCUGUUAUGCAUGGGGUAGGACGUCUAGAAAAGAGCAAGUGACGGUUCAUCCCUGUCUUCCUCAUUGACCGAUUGACAUUAUUUUACGACGAUUUGUACGGUUAUCUAAUCGAUAACUAUUAUGUGGCGGUUAAGAAGUAAUCUUCGUGCUCUGCUUCAUCCACCACCGGACCUACGGGAUAUAAUUCCUUUCGGUAAAAGAUUAGUACUUUAUAUGGAUGAUGUGAGUCAAACCAGUUAAAUAAGCAUACCGGAGAAACAGAGAAAACGCGAAGAUGAUUGGCAGCCCUUGGAAAUUUACAUUUCUUUUCUUACUGGCAAUUUUAUUUUGCUCGAUAGCUUCCUCUUACACGGACUCUGCUAGAUCCGUGAGGGCUGUCAAAGGAAGAUCGCGAACAUAUUCUGCGUGGAGAUUGGUGCUAUGUUUGUCACAAUCCCAAGGUUCGCUUAAGAGAGACGUACAGAAAGCAUGGGAAAAAGCAAGGCUGGAAUCAUCUCACGCAGAUAUGAGUGUAUUCUAUGUGGAGGCACCGCCAAAAAAAGAUUUACUCCCUAAUCCUUUAUCAUUACUGAACAAAUUCUGUAACGAAAUUGAAGGUGGGAAAACAGUGUUGAACCUUGUCAUUGGAGGAGGAUCAGCAGCCAGGUUUCUUGUUACGGCUGCGGCUUCUUUGAAUAUUCCAACUUUAUGGCUGCCAUUUACGCAUGAAGAUUUCCUUAGACAGGGAGAUCUUGGACAGUAUGAAAGUCGUAUAGGCUCCAGUACCAAAGAAGUGGGAGCAGCUGCUGCUGCUUUGAUGCACAGAGCAAACUGGCAUGCGUUCACUCUUCUUAUAGAUACCACUUUGCUUCCAUUGACUCAUCUUUUACACGCGAAUCAAACGACUUUAACGCCUAGAACGAUCAUACAUCUUCCAACGAACGAUAAAACUUUGAGAAUGAGGCUGAGACGAGUUGCUGAAGAAGGUGGCAGUGGAGGAGUUAUAGUAAUGGGUUGUGAUUUGAACAACGCAAGAAAAAUAAUUGCUGUUGCUGGAAAAUAUGAAAUGCUCGCAGGAAGAUUUUUGUGGCUCUGGUUAGAUCUGAAGGCAGAGUUAAGACCUAAUGAACCAAAUAUAAUCAGUUCUCAUAUCAUACACGGCUCAAGAGCAUCGAUUGCAACGAAUGAAAAUCCUGCUCCGAUAGAGGGUAUAAGUCGAGCCGCAAAUCUCGUACCUGAGAGCCAGUUAUCAUUGAACGCUUUGCCAAGCUUAGCCAAUGAUAUACAUCGAUUACAAGAUUACAGAUGGCAGAACGAAAAAUCCGUGGGUAAACAAGAAGACAAAGGCUUUAAUUUCGACGACGACGAAGAGAUUAGAAUAACAAGUAAAGAGUUGAACUCAAAAGAUUUUAUGCCAGUGGGUAUGCUGGCGUUAAGGCCAUCUGGCAUUAAAUUAAUGGGCAGUGAUACCAUACUAUCCAGAGUAAUACGGGAAACUUCUCAAGCGUUAGAUGAAACGUUUCUGGAAGUUGAACCGAAACUAAAUUACAUGGGAGAGUCUCAUUUGGACGAUAAUUUUGUACCAGAAUGUCUCCCAAAACGAAACUUCAAAUUCUUAAACAGCGAAAUAAGAAAUAAUGUUUCAAAGAUUCUAACACAGAAACUGAGAAAGGCUGUAAGUCAGGUCUCUAAAGACAAGGCUAAAUUUCAUUUAUUGAAUCUGCAGGCUAUUCGGUUUCCUGGUAACAAGACUCAAUUAAGGUGGACCAAAGUGGGAACAGUUAAAGGUGGGAAGGAGGUUCACUUAGAUACAAUAAUCUGGCCAGGUGGUGGAAUCGUGCCAGCAUAUCUGGAACAAGGUGGCGAGAAGAUUGGCAUGCCCAUGUACCGCAUCGUCACAGCGCUGGCCUCACCGUUCACCAUGGUGACGAACCUGCAGGAGGGUCUCUGCCUAAGAGGACUGUUCUGUCGUCAAGAGAAUAUCCUGAUGUGUUGUUACGGUCUAAGCAUGGACUUACUGUCCUUGGUGUCCCGUGAACUGGGAUUCCGUUAUGACCUGUACUUGGUGAAAGAUGGUCUGUUCGGUAAGAGAAACGGUAGUAGCGGUACGUGGAAUGGAAUAAUGGGAGAACUGGUAUCUAGCCGAGCCCAAUUGGCUUUCGCGCCCUUGAGUGUCUCUGCUCGCAGAGCGGAAGUGGUCGACUUCACCACACCUUACUUCUUCAGUGGAGUGAGCUUCCUCACGGCACCAAAGCCAAAUUACGAAAUACCACUGUUCGCAUUCCUGUUUCCAUUCAGUACAGAGCUAUGGAUCGCCGUGUUUACGUCGCUGAACUUCACUGCCAUAGCAGUGGCUCUAUACGAAUGGUUAAGCCCUUUUGGUUUGAACCCUUGGGGUAGACAACGAAACAGGAACUUCUCGUUAGCCUCUGCUUUAUGGGUGAUGUGGGGCCUCCUGUGUGGCCACCUUGUUGCCUUCAAAGCACCGAAAUCUUGGCCUAACAAGUUUCUCAUCAACAUUUGGGGAGGUUUCUCUGUUAUUUUUGUGGCUUCCUACACGGCCAACAUAGCUGCCCUGAUCGCGGGUCUUUUCUUUCAUUCCGCAGGGAGCAAUUACGACAAAAGCUUACUGUUACAGAAAGUCGGUGCACCAAGGGCAUCAGCGGCCGAGUACUAUGUGCAAAAAGCGAAUCCCGAUUUAUGGCCUCACAUGGCUCGGUAUUCAUUGUCGAACGUCGCCGAGGGCGUAGAAAGAUUAAGGAAUGGCAGUUUAGAUAUACUGAUAGCAGACACCCCUAUUUUGGAUUAUUAUCGAGCGACAGACGACGGAUGUCGUUUGCAAAAGAUCGGGGACACCAUAAACGAGGACACGUAUGCCGUUGCUCUUGCUAAAGGGCAUCCUUUGAAAGAAAGUAUAUCAAAAGUAAUAGCCAAUUACACGAGUACAGGGCUACUUGACAUUUUGCAAGAGAAAUGGUACGGUGGUUUACCCUGUAUUGGAGGGAGAAAAGGUAUGGACGCAGGUCUCAUGCACGAGCAAAGAGGUCAACCUAGACCUUUAGGCGUGGCAUCCGUAGCUGGUGUAUUUUGUCUACUAGGAAUGGGUGUCGUGCUUAGUACUAUUAUAUUAGCCGGGGAGCACUUGUUUUACAAAUACACGUUACCCAGGUUGAGACACAGACCGGAAGAUUCUAUAUGGCGCAGCCGUAACGUAAUGUUUUUCUCGCAGAAACUGUACAGGUUCAUUAAUUGCGUGGAGCUGGUGUCGCCGCACCAUGCAGCCAGAGAACUGGUUCAUACAGUACGACAGGGACAAAUUACCUCCUUGUUUCAAAAAAGCGUUAAACGAAAGGAACACGAACAGCGUCGCAGACGUAAAAGCAAAGCGCAGUUCUUCGAGAUGAUUCAGGAGAUACGAAGAGUUCAGCAAGAGGAGAAGAUAGAAACAGUUCCUGAGGAAGAGGAGAAGGUGUCGACGAUCAAGAAAGAAGAGAAAGCCAUCAAAGAAAGAGAAAGGAGCUGGAGCAAGAGUCCUCUGAUGCUUCGAAGUCCCAAGAGAUCAGAAAAAAGCAGAAGCUCCACCAAUUUGUCGAGUUCCAGGCUGGGCUUGUCUCCGAUCAGUCUGGACACUCCGAUGAAACCCAGAGAGUUCACUUUAAGCAGCACUAAUCUUAGAGCGAGAAGUCCACUGGAGACGGUGGGUCGACGAUUGAGCCACGGCGACGGUGGAUCACCGCCCCCUCGUCUGGGUUCGCACUUCGGCGGCAGUGCAACACUGCGACCUUUUGCCCCAACGAAGAGCGACCCGACCGGAAGUGCCACGUCAACUAUGAAGGGUGAGUCGAGCGGAGGUGGUGCACCCACACCAAGGUACGCUCGUAGUCCUGCAAAACGUGGCCAGUCGUUCCCGGUAUUCGCCACGCUGAGGCCACCUCAUUCCUCCGGUUACCAAAUGUCCAAGAGUCCUCUCCUCUCUCCGAACAACGAGUUGACCUCGACAAUAGGAAGAAAGUUGUCCCGCGAAUGGGGCUCCGGCACCAUAGACUUAGCCAGAUCCACGGAGACCGUCGGCAGAGGCUCUACUUAUACGCUAGGUCAAGAAAUGACAUUGUCCCUGGAGCGUCCCUCGCACGAGAAGACCCAAGACGACGUGUUGCCCAUAAAGAAACCCAUACGACGCGUCAGGAGUCACGAGACCCGGGACACCAGUAAGCUGAUGGCCGAUCUACCGUCGCCAAGGUUGACCGCGCAGCCGGUGGUAGGAGGCCGGUCGGUAAGCGAACGAACGAAAAAGCAAUUAGAGUCAGAGUUGAAAGCUAUUUUAAGUGCCAGAGCUCAUCAUCGUGACCUCCAUCCUCCUUGAUAGACGUAUACGCCGAUUUAGAAGAGUUCUUGAAAGCAGCAAGCUUUGAGGAUCGUUGCCUCUGAGGGGCUUUGAUUGAUUUAAGCAAUAUCAGAUUUAUAGGUCAAUUUGUAGAGGAAUCCGACA